UGACAUGGCAACUUGAAACGUGCGAUCCGAUCCAAUCGCCUUCUUCAAUGUAAAUGUCUAAGUAAAAGCUAACAAGAAAAAAAUAAAGUAGUUAAAGAAAAACCAGGAGAGAGUUGAAAAAAAAAUAAACCAGCCAUGGCAGGACCAUCCUCCGUUGUUAAGUACCCUAUGAAAUUCCCAGUUAUGCCUGAUCGACUCGACAAUCUUCAACUCAUUCCCCCUCCUCCAUCAAGAUUUACAUUGAGUGAAUGGUAUUUAAACAAUGCAAGCAGAUUUCGUGCUGCUGAUGACCAACAGCAGCUUGCAGAACGUAUAGUGGAAGAAGGUGGUCGCAUGAGAGAUGAAACCAAAGAGCUGGUUAAAACAAAUAAAGAUGAAGUGGACCACAGAAUCGAAGAGAAACUUAAAAAUCUCCAGUAUCGUCAGCAUGAGCUCAACAAACAAAGGAAGCAUCUAUGUGUUGAGAUAGACGCUUUGGACACAUACAUGGAUAGAAUGUACGACUGCCUUGACCACCUAAAGAAAAAGUUAAUUGAAAAUUGUAAAAAGUGCAUCAAUCUCAGAGAAGGUCGUUUGGGUAUUGAUCUUGUAUUUGAUGAUGUGGAUCGUGAGCUCUCAAAAGAGUUUGAAUUGCUGAAAGGAGUUGAAGCUAUGUUGACCCGAAUGCAAGAGCAAACCAAAGAACAACUUCGCCAAUUAAGAGCUACUAGGCAUCUGAUUGACAGAGAACUUCAUGAUUUGGAUGCUGCAAUCAAGAUAGAUGAAAUCAAUAGAGACCUUCGAGAAACUAGUCUGAACCUGAGCAUAUACCAAGGCCAUCAACUUAAUCCAUCGGAUAUUGUUCAAGCAGAGACAGAUAUGUAUUCCCAGAUGAACAUGGAACAAAGUGCCAAAAGGGUCAAUGAUGCUCGUAUGUUGAAAUCUUACAUAGAUACACUCCUGACUCAGCUGUAUGAAGAUUGUUUGCAGCAAGGAAAUGCAGUAAAUGAAUCAUUCAGACGACGUAUUGAUGAAAUGAAAGAAGCUAAAACCAAAUUAGAGCAACGUCAUCAUGAGACUGCAAGACAAGCCAAUGAAAUGACAAGAAAUAUAACACAAUUACAAAAGGCCAUACAAGAGAAAGAAGGAUUUAUGGCUCUGGCUCACACACGUCUUGGAAACAGAGCUCAGCGCCUGCGUAUGGAGCUUUGCAGAGAUGAUGUAGAGACUAGUCUUAUCUCUGAGGUUCUGCAAAUUCAGGUAGCUGUGACUGAGCUUCAGAAUCAGUUGGCACAUGCUGAAGCGUCCUUGAGGUACUUACUGAAAAUGCAGAUUCAACUGGAAGAGGACAUCAAUGUGAAAACGAACUCGUUGAAAAUAGAUGAAGUUGAAUGUCUCACAGUGAGAGAUGCCAUGGACUACCACAAGUACUGAAGAUUAGAAAGGCAAGAUCACAUGGGAAGAAAAAAGGUUACUGUUAGAAGAUAAAUUUAUUUUCCAGUAGAAACACGAGGAAAGACUAAAUAAUGAUAAGGUCAGAAAAAAAAAUGCACUGCACUUUUCUCCAGAGGAAAUUAGUAUCUCACCAAUUUUCUAGUCUAGUAUUAUAUGAUACGUUUUCUUAAGACCCAUUUUCAAGCCAAUAGCAGUGAUAGGAAUUUUUUUAUGCAAGUUUAACAGAAUGGGAUUCUAGGACAAACAUCUAAAAAAACUCCAUCAGAAUACAGAUCACAAGGCAAAUGGCUAAAAUAGUUGAGGAAGCCAUAAUUAUUAUUAUUUAUUUAUUUGAUUAUUAUUAUUAUUAGAACCACCCCUUCCUGCACCUCGACUUAAGGUCUGACAAUGUUGGAAGAUAAUUCCAGGCUGAUGAAACAAUAACUCAGCAAGAAAACAGAGAGGAAGUAAUCACUACCUGUCUUGAAACCUUGUACACUCACUACACCAGCAAAUGCCAUUUUCAGUGGGACUCCUUGAUCUGUUUCAAGGUUACAAGAUUAGACUCAUUUCUAGUUGGUUUUGAUAUUAUAUUCAAGCCUUUAAUGAAUAAUGUUAGCAGGACACCUGCAGUACAGAAAAAUAAUGGAACUACUGUAGCUCACACACGUAUGAAACUAGAGUAAAGCCAUUCAAAUGUGAGGUGGAUUUGUCACAGUAGCACAAGUUCAUUUCAGAAAGCAAAUAUAGCUCUCAGCAUACCAUUUGCUUCUCAAAUACAAAUGGAAUGGAACUAAAUGAAGUUUAACAUUUAACAAAACAAUAAAUGGAAUAUCAUAUCACGAA